AGGGAAGCAUCGUCAACAAAAGCGACCCAUCAGCAAGGAAACGAAACAGCGAAACGACGAAACGACGAAACGACGAGCUGACGGACCCUGUUGCCCUUGUUGCCCUUGGACCCACGCAACCCACGCUUACCGGGGACCGAAUCCAGCCAAACCCCGUUCCCCCAAGAAACCCCCCAGAAAACCCCCUAGCUCAGCGAGCGGUCAGGGGCGCCUUCACCAAUCACAACCAGGGUCUGCAUGAAUCGGGAGAGAUGAGGUUUCCACCCGCCGUUGUCUCGGCCUGAAUUGCUCCAUUCUUUUUCCCAUGACCUCCUCGGUCCUGCUGCGCAUCUGCUUCGUCUCGGCUUGCGCCAACACUCUUUUCAACGCAGGCGACGCCCACUCGCCCAAUUCCCACAAGGCUGCUGUCGUCGCCAGAAGAACGACCCGUCAUCACGCCGCCCUCCUCACACACUGCCUACCCCGACGCUCACUCGCCACCCUCGCAAGGCCCGGUCGCCGGCGAAGGAUCCUGCCCAAGACCUCACACUCCUUUGACACGAUUAACACUGCAACGAAGCGAGCCAAGACAGCUCGCCGUGAUCCGAGGGAAUUCAAAGACAUGGACGAAAUGGUGCUCCUUCAGCGAAGUACGGAUCAGACUAUGCGCGACGGUGCCUCCACCCCCGAGGAGCGGCAUCACCCGAAUCGUGGGGGUAGCCGGGACGAUAGCAAGCCGCGGCGGUUUCCCGACGAUCCUCUAUCGUCUCCCGCUUCUCAAAUGAACGACCUCAUUGAAACACGCUCCGUGCGCUCCGCCUCCACGGCAUCUCGGAACACAAACAGGCUAUCCCUCACGUUACCCAUUGUGCCAGCUACCGCCUAUCCCUCACGGACGGCUCCGGUCUCUGCCACAUCAUCCGCGUUCCCACCAACCCCCCUCGACACUCCUGCUGUGAUGUCCCCGGUUGAUCCAAACGACUUUAUUACCGCGAUAGCAGCGCAGGAACGCCGCGUUCUGGAACUAAAGGAGGAGCUCAACCGUGCCGAAUCUGACCUUGCACGGCUGAAAAGGCAAUGGGCGACCCACGAGGCGUACAAGAAGCGGGCGAAUCGGCGAAAUGUUGAGCCCUUAGCCGGCCUUGGGCCCGCAGCGGAAUUGCAGGAUGAAACUGCAAUCCGACGCAGCAUCGAGCUGGACAGAAGAAAGGCGCUCCUCACUCAGCAAAACCAGCAGCCGGCUCCUGAAAAGAGCAGAAGGCGAGUGUUCACCGGGAGCCACACGCGGACUCUGUCCCUGUUGUCUCCGACGAAGCCAACCGGUACCUUCUCUUCCAACGAUGACGAGCCUGGGAGCAGCAAGCUCGGGUCCGAUAACCGCUAUGCCCCGGCCGCACCCACUCACCUCGCCAAGCGAGCAACCUGGGCGGCGGCACGGUCAACACAGACGACCGGAGUGAAGCAGCUCGCGGAGGACCUCAAGACUGGGCUGUGGACGUUCAUGGAGGACCUUCGCCAAGCAACAGUGGGUGACGAGCCCAUUACCGGCCAGGGCACAUACAUGCGAAGCCGGGACAGCAACAUGAGGUCCGCGGCUACCGGGAGCAGCGAUCAGGACACCAUCCGCGCCUCAGCCAACUCGCGGCCGCGAGUGCAAUCCGCCUUUGACGAGGCAACAAAGGCGUCAGAGACAACAGAGCAACUGGAGAACGACGAGCGCGGAUCCUCGCGGUCCAGCGCCGUCCGGCGCUCUAAAACUGACGCCACCACGCGCCCCACCAAGCGCUUCUCCUGGACUCCUCUGACCAUCGACUCGUACGACGACAAUGACUGGUCCAACUGGGAUAGUCCAAGCACGUCCUCGCCGCGCUGGAGCGGCACCACCGUAAACGGUGACAUCAUUCCCUCCGUUCCCGAGAAGCGCGCCGACGCCGACGAGACCGAGAACGCGACUCUUAAGAAGAGCUUCUCUAAACCUCGUGCCGCGCGCUCUCCUUCCCCCCCGGCAGCCGCCGGCCCGAGCAAGCUCGAGGACCUGCUGCCCCAGGCGCUGAACAAGCUGUCGCCGAGCAACAUCAAGCGGUCAGCGGUGGAUUUCAUGAAGGAAUGGGAGCGCAGCCUGUCUUCUCCCGCAGAGAUUGCGGCUGCUGCGGCUCGCGAGAAGACGGCCUGAAGAAACGGUCGAGUCCUCUUCUGUCUACAAGAUUUCGAACGAAAUAAGAGUUGGAUGCGACAUCCAACCUUUGUUGGCUUCAUGGUUCCGGUUUGUUAGCGUUGCUGUUGGUAUGACGAAACUCGGUACG